CGCUCCGCGGCCCCCGCGGCGGCUGCUGCUGCGGGUGCUGCUGCUACUGCGGCUCCUGCUGCCGCCGCCGCUGGGCCUCCGGCAGCUACAUCCUUGGCCGGGGCCGGGUCCGCGCCCCGCGCCCCGCGCGGCCCCGCCAUGGUGUCCUGGAUCAUCUCUCGCCUGGUGGUGCUCCAGGAGGGAACCUUGCUCCCACAACGCAGGCUUUGUCCUUGAGGAUUCCGCCCGCCACCCCAUCUCCACGGGCCAUUUCGGAUGUAUCCUGCCUCAGUGAGGCUCAUCUUUGGCACCCUGUACCCCGCCUAUUCUUCCUACAAGGCCGUGAAGACGAAAAACGUGAAGGAAUAUGUGAAGUGGAUGAUGUACUGGAUCGUCUUUGCCUUCUUCACCACGGCUGAGACCCUCACAGAUAUCGUGCUCUCUUGGUUUCCCUUCUACUUUGAGCUGAAGAUCGCCUUUGUGAUAUGGCUGCUGUCCCCUUACACCAAAGGCUCCAGCGUGCUCUACCGCAAGUUCGUGCACCCGACACUGUCCAACAAGGAGAAGGAAAUCGACGAGUACAUCACUCAGGCCCGAGACAAGAGCUACGAGACCAUGAUGAGGGUGGGCAAGAGGGGUCUGAACCUGGCCGCCAAUGCCGCAGUCACGGCUGCUGCCAAGGGCCAGGGGGUGCUGUCAGAGAAGCUGCGAAGCUUCAGCAUGCAGGACCUGACCCUGAUCCGGGACGAGGACGCGCUGCCCCUGCAGGGGCCCGACGGCCGCCUCAGACCCGGCCCUGGCGGCCUCCUGGACACCAUUGAGGACUUAGGAGAUGACCCUGCCCUGAGUUUAAGGUCAGGCCCAAACCAGCCAGAUCACCGGACAGAGAUCUCCGAGGAUGACACGGGAGACAAGGCUCCUAAGAAGGCCAAACCCAUCAAAAAAGUGCCCAAAGCUGAGCCACUGGCCUCCAAGACACUGAAGACCCGGCCCAAGAAGAAGACGUCCGCCGGGGGCGACUCAGCCUGAGGCCCCAGCCCCCCAGGCUGCAGACCCGGCUCCACACUGUGCCAGUAGCCCUCACGCCUCGGGCCCCAGGGCCUCUUGGAUGGCUGUUUCCCGUCCUGCCCCGUGGCCGCUCCUCUGGAAGGGCUUGGAUUAAUGGAGGGAGGCCCUGCUGUGGGGGUUGAGGGUAGAGGCUGGACCCGGAGCUGAGGACUGAGCCACCCAAGGAGGUGCAGGCGCCUCAGAGCCUGAAUGCUACUGUCCCCGCUCCAGCCCUGCCCCCACCCACCCAGUGCCUUGCUGAAGACCGUGGCCGUCCCCUUGUCCGAAGCCCUAACACGGCCCCCACUGCUCUCCCUGGGUCAGGCUCAAGGUCAGGGGCCAGUCACAGCCCAGAUUUACCAGAGACCGGCCUGAAGGCUUGGUGACAGAGGGAGGCCGCGGGGAAGGCCUCGGAGAACCUGGGCAGGGGCUCCGGGCCCAAGGCUGUGAGCGGAGGACAGAGGCUUAGUAUGUGCUUAAGUGACCAGGAGGGCCAGGCCAGAGCUGCAGCUGGGGGCUGUGUGCCCACUGAAAAGAAGUGGGGUCCGGGGUGUGUGUGGGUGUGUCUGUGUGUGUGUGUGUGCGCGCGUGUGUGUGUCUCUUUCUGGAUCUAGGGCUGGGGAUUCAGAGCAAAGGCCUUUCCCUCCAGCAGUUACUCCCUCCGCCCUCGGCCAGCUGACCCUUUCCCCCCUCAGGGGCCCCCACCUGGGGCCCACCUUCCUCCCCCAGGGUCCUCUUCCUGUGCCAAGCAGACUAGGCCCCCUGUCAGCAGACCCCUGUCAGAGCCCAGCCUUUGCCCCUCACUCUGCCCCAGCCUCUGCCGUGGCUUCGAUUAGGGCCAGGAGGAAUGUGUGGGGAAGGGAAAGACGUGUAGGAGCCAGGGGGCUCUCAAUCCCAUGGAAAGAGGGUGCCCCGUGGACCUUUGGCACUGGAUGAGCCAAUAAACCAAACUCUGGCACCUCA